ACAAACUAGAAACAAAAAUGUCAUUAUAAAUUACAUCACAUUCAGAAAGAAAAUUUCUGUUUGCAAAAAACAAUGGAAAAAACAAAAGAGCUGGUGUUCAUCCCCGGUCCCGGGUUAGGCCACCUUAUCUCCGCCGUGGAAACUGGACGGAAAAUCCUCGGCCGCCACCAAUAUCUCUCUAUUACAUAUCUUCUCAUAGAUAUGGUUCCUAAUGACAAAGCCCUUUACAACUAUACACAAUCUCUGUCCUCGGCCACUACUCCCCGCCUCCGAUUCACCAACCUUAGCCGAACUCAACCCGAUUGCACCCAAGAACUCAACCUAAAAAAUCCUUCUGCAUUCGUUACUGAAUUUAUCUGCAGUCAAAAGCCUCUAGUGAGAGAAGCAGUGCUUGAAAUCAUAAAGUUCGAGUCUUCCCAGGUUGUUGGAUUUAUGGUCGACUUGUUCUGUGUAAGCAUGAUUGAUGUAGCCGAUGAGUUCAAGAUUCCGAGUUACGUGUUUUUUACUUCCUCCGCAGGAUUUCUAUCCGUCAUGUUACGGGUCCAAACUAUUACUGACGAGUUCAAGCAGGACAUCACUGAGUACAAGGAUACUGACAAAGAAUUGUUGAUACCAGGUUUUCAGAAUCAAGUUCCAGCCAAGAUUUUGCCUUCUGGAAUGCUCGAUAAACGUCGUACUUUCUUUUUAGACAUGUAUAUUGCUCGGAGAAUCCGAGGUUCCAAAGGAAUUAUAGUUAACACAUUUAUGGAGCUUGAGACAAAUCCAAUUAAAGCCCUUCUGUCAGAUGGCAAGAACCCGCCGGUUUAUCCGAUUGGGCCUCUGAUCAAUCUUAAGCAUCAUUCUGAUGAAGAUGAGAGCAUAAGGAGGUGGUUGGACAAUCAGCCUGUGUCUUCGGUGGUGUUUUUGUGCUUCGGAAGUUGGGGAAGGUUUGGUGAGGAACAAGUCAAGGAGAUAGCUGCAGCACUCGAACGCUCCGGUUAUAGAUUCUUAUGGUCUUUACGGCGGCCGCCAACGGAUGGCACAGUGGGUUCUCCAAAUGAUUAUGAAAAUCCCGAGGAAGUUCUGCCGCCAGGUUUUCUAGAAAGAACUCGUGGUAUCGGAAAAGUAAUCGGGUGGGCACCUCAAGUGGCUGUGCUGUCCCACCCGGCUGUUGGUGG